AACAACCACCCCCAUCAUGUCAUCACAUGUGUCUUAGAGAUAACGGAAUUCAUCUCCAAGUAAAAUUUAAGGACAUCUCGUUACCAUGGCAACUAGCUCCAAGUCUUCCCCUCUCGGAUUCUCCAUCCUCCUCCUCCUGUGUCUCUGCUACGGACUAUCUGCUUCGGCUUCGAGGACAAAAGAGAUUUUAGAGGUUUUGAAUAAUUCCACAAAGGGAUCAACGCCGGCCGCAGAAGAAACCGAGCCCGACUAUGCGCCAACGUCCAUUUACAUCGAAAUGACACCGCCGAACUCAACGUCGGACAGGCCCGGAAAACUGGCGGGACGACGUGGCGGAAGAAAUUGGCCGCUCGUCCCAUCGUCUGCGCAGGGCACGGCGCCUUGUCCUCAAGGCAGGGAGUGUGUGGUGAAGAAUCAUCUUAGCAGCGAAGCAAGACCUCAUCCACCAAUCGGACCUGGACCUGACCCGACAGAACCCGAUGUUCUCAAUCUAAUUAGGUCGAAGCAUGAUGAUUUGGAGGAUGCAGACAGACUCUUGGUAUCUUUCGGAGGACCUUGUACAAGCCAACCGUGUCGAAAUGGAGGAACAUGCUUGAAUCUUCCUCGGGGUUUCAGCUGUCUGUGCACCGACGAAUGGACGGGGCAUACAUGUUCAGACAGAGUCAGCAACUGUGAAAGCAACCCUUGUAGACACGGCGGCUCCUGCGUGUCUACCAACUACGGCUACAGGUGUCUCUGCAGAUCAGGCUACAGUGGUAUCAACUGCGAGAGAGGUCACCGAUGGUGUGACAGCGAACCUUGCCUGAACAGCGCCAUGUGCAUCGAUGGUUUAAAUGGUUACACGUGUAUCUGUCCGAAUGGGUUUCGCGGGACGCGUUGUCAGAUAAAUGUUGAUGAAUGCUCCAUGUAUCCUCUGAAGUGCAGCAACGGCGGGACUUGCGUGGACCUUGUGGCUGAUUACGCUUGUAUCUGCAGAGAUGGGUUCUUCGGCAAGUCCUGCGAGCACGACGUGGAUGAUUGCAGGAGCGAUCCUUGUGGGAGCGGAGGACUGUGUCUCGAUAGACCAGGAGGAUAUGAAUGCGUCUGUCCUCAAGGUUACACUGGGGCUAACUGCGAAAGAUUGGACGUCUACCCGUGCAGGAGUUCGCCGUGUUUCAACGGCGGAAAGUGUAUCGAUCAUGGUCAUAACAACUUUACGUGCAAAUGCAAGGGUGGUUACGAAGGGCCACACUGUGAGACAGAGAUCAAUGAAUGCCUAAGAGGUUCCAAGAAGCAGAAGUGCAAAAACGGUGGUACUUGUAUAGACCUGAUAGAUGACUUCGAAUGUGUGUGCUUGCCAGGGUACUCUGGGAAACGUUGCCACAAGAAACUAAAACCCUGUCAGUCGGCACCAUGCCAGUUUGGAACUUGUCAAGAGGAUGCAAACGGGGAUAACUACGUUUGUGACUGCUUCCCAGGUUUCUCAGGCAGGGAUUGUGAACUUCGCGUCGAUCACUGCGCCAUACAACCUUGCAUGAACCAUGCCAGGUGCUUGAACACAGUAGAGGGAUUCUUCUGUGUUUGUCCUCUAGGAUUCACUGGAAGGCACUGUGAGAACACCAUGAACUUCUGCACACCGGACCCCUGUCUGAAUGGCGCCAUAUGCUUAAACACGGGUCUUGAUUUCGUGUGCCAUUGCCCCAAGGGUUACACCGGGAAAACGUGUAGCAUGGAAGUGCGCGAGUGUCUCUCGCAACCCUGCAAGAAUGGUGGCGAGUGUGUAGACCUGAUCGGUGCGUACACCUGCAAUUGCCCUGUCGGGUACACUGGCAUGCAAUGUGAGAUAACGGUGGACGAAUGCGAAACAAACCCUUGCUUGAACGACGGAGUGUGCAUUGAUGGGAUUGGAACGUUCUACUGCGCAUGCACGGCAGGGUAUCACGGAAUCAUCUGCGAGCACAACAUUGAUGAGUGUUGGACAGGACCUUGUCAGAACAAUGGUAUCUGCACUGACCUCAUCGAUGACUUCCAGUGUGCCUGUACUCCAGGAUACAUGGGUAAAACCUGCCAUCUGAACAUCAACGAAUGUGUGUCUGAACCUUGUCGGCAUGGAGGCUUAUGCAUUGAUAGCAUUUCGAACUACAUAUGCGAAUGUCUUCCGGGGUAUGUUGGUGUGAACUGCGAAGUCAAUGUAAACGAAUGCGAGAGCAGACCCUGCUUGAACGGCGCCACCUGCGUUGACAACGUCAACAGCUUUCAGUGCUUCUGCCGGGAUGGUUUCACAGGCUACAACUGCGAAGUUGAAAUCAACGACUGCAUCGGGGUGCAUUGCCAGAAUGGCGGUUCGUGCAUCGACGGCGUGAAUUCCUUCCGUUGCGAUUGCAUGCCGGGAUUUGUCGGUGCGACCUGCGGAAGUGAAACGGAUGAAUGUGCCGGUGACCCUUGUCUCCACGAUGGAUUUUGCAUCGAUAUGAUUAACAGUUACAGAUGUCUCUGCGAGGCGGGUUACACUGGGACGAACUGUGAGGUCAACAUCGAUGAAUGUCAGAACAACCCAUGCGGGAACAACGGAACUUGCCUGGAUGGGAUCAAUGAUUAUAACUGUACCUGUAAACCAGGUUUCACUGGAGCCAGGUGUGAGUUUGACAUCGAUGAAUGUGCUAGCAUGCCUUGUCUUCACGGGGGAAAAUGCUAUGACCUGACGGAUGGCUUCAUAUGCCAGUGUUCAAGCGGUACAGAGGGCGUUGUCUGCGAACAACUGGUAAAUUCCUGUAUCUCCGAUCCUUGUCAACACGACGGUGCAUGCCGCAGUUUGGAAAAUGGCAUGGAUUUCAUGUGUGCAUGUCCGAAAGGCUACGAAGGUUCCCGAUGUGAGACGGAAAUUGACGAGUGUCUCAGCACACCUUGUCUUCAUGGUGGAAGAUGUGUAGAUGCCAUAGGAAUGUACCAUUGUGUUUGUCCACCAGGACACUUCGGGGUGAACUGUGAAAUCGACCUCGACGAAUGUGCCCAGGAUCCAUGUCUUCACCCUCUAGCAGUUUGUCAAGAUUUGGUCAACGAUUUCUUCUGCAUCUGUCCUCGGGGAUUUGAAGGACGGUUAUGCGAGUACGAAAUUGAUGAGUGUCUCUCGAACCCUUGUGCGAACAAUGGAACGUGCUUGGACCAAACUGAUUCUUUCCGUUGUACUUGCCCUUCCGGAUUCACAGGUAAUACUUGCGAUGUUGAUAUCUUCGAGUGCGUUAGUGCACCCUGUCAGAACGGUGCGUCGUGUGUGGAUCUCAUCAAUGGUUUCUAUUGCGAAUGUAGGGACGGAUUUACGGGAAAUCUUUGCGCUGAAAAUAUGGAUGAAUGCAGCAGCUCACCCUGCUUGAAUGGUGGUAGUUGCGUAGAUGAUAUGAACUUGUUCAAAUGCGUCUGUGAUGUCGGGUAUGCAGGCGUCUUGUGCCAGGAAGACGUCAAUGAAUGCUUUUCAGAUCCUUGUCGCAAUGGAGCGACUUGCAUCGAUCUAGAGGCAGGAUUCCAAUGCCAAUGUGCUGCAGGAUUCCAUGGAGAUCAAUGCAGUGUAAACACGAACGAGUGCGCCAGCUCACCAUGCGGUGAAGGCGGAACUUGCCUCGACCUGUUAAAUACCUACAUGUGCUUGUGUCCAGAGAUGCGAACGGGGAAGACCUGCGAGCAAUGGAUCGAUGCCUGCUCAAGCAACCCCUGUCACCAUGACUCUACUUGCCUCUCGUACGAGGGGACCUUCUUCUGUGACUGUCAACGGGGAUUCGCAGGAAGGUCCUGCGAUCAGAACAUCGACGAAUGCGCAUCCGAUCCGUGUUACUACGGGGACUGCAUCGACGGUGUGGACUCGUACAAGUGCCAGUGUGGCAUGGGAUUCAUUGGAUCGUAUUGUGAACUCAACGUCAACGACUGCGCGAACAGCCCUUGCCUCAAUGGAGGUACCUGCGUGGAUCAAGUCAUGGGGUACGUUUGCGUGUGCCCGCUUGGAUAUACAGGACAUGGAUGCAGGGACACCAAGCACCCUUGUGUCUCGGAUCCCUGCCAGCACGGAGGCACAUGCAUCGCUACUGAUUCGAUCGAGGAUGAUAAUUUCUACUGCCACUGUCAGAUUGGUUGGACAGGCCAACUCUGCGAGGUAGAGGCCGAUUUCUGUGCCUCCGAACCGUGCCUGAACUGCGGGCGAUGUAUCAACCACGUCGAUGGGUACUCCUGUGACUGUGGCAGUGGUUUUACUGGAGAGUACUGCGAGACGGCCAUCGACCAUUGCGAGAGUCAACCCUGCCUGCAUGGCGGGACGUGUCUCAGAGAAUUCGAUGGUUUCACCUGCGUGUGUCGACAAGGAUUCCAUGGGAGAGUAUGUCAUCUUACAUCUCAGCCUCUGAGCUAACGUUAGAGUAACAGAGAUGUUGCUCAACUUUCUUAAAACCAAAGAUCAAGUAGAAUUCGUGCCAGUCGUUUUGUGAGUUCAUCGACAAGCGAGCUUUGUGCAUACUGAUGACGACAGAAACAAAAACACCUGGGCUGGACGUCCAAGUCGUAUUCAUCGUGUGCCAAAAGGUGAACGAUGUUGCGUAUAAGUCAGGUGAUCUGCAUUCAGGUCACCUGACAUCUUCAUGCUUGAUGACACGGAUGCUUUUGGUUCAAGCUCUUUACUGUAGCCAUGAUAGUGCGAAGACCACACAAAGGGCGUACAAUCUGGAGAUGCUCCAAUCGGUCAAGAAUCGUAUAUGCUGCCGUUUUACAUCAUGGUGGGCAGUAACGAGUUUGGGGAAUUGUUUGUUGGACCAAGAAUUAUCCAUUAACUGGCUAUGCAUCUUUCUCUGUCUCUCUUUCUCUGUCCUUGUUGACGUCCAUCUUUUCUUUUCAUCUAUCUACCCAUUUUUGUAUUUUUAUUCUUUUCUAUCCGAUACACUUUUCCUGUACUUGAGCUCAGAGCUAUCUAAGUUACUCUUCAGCAAGUUCGUAAAAAUGAAAGCUAUCGUCGAAGUUGUUUUUUCAUGACAUCGAAUAGCGCCAUCUAUCUACUGAUGUCCAUAUAUUUUUGAAGUAAAAAAACAAAAAAGCACCACUUCAGGUAUGUGUGUCCAAAUCAGUUGUAUCCUCUUAUAUUCUAAGUUGCCCAUAGUACUAUGUUCACCAUGUUUAAUAGGAAAUUAUAACCCAUUUUGUUUACAUCUAUUUGAAUGUAUUGUCCUAAAACCAAGCGGUAAAAUACAUGUCUGUUGUAAUGGUCAAUGUCUUUCAUUGCAGAUGACGACAGACAUAGAACGAUCAAAGUAGAUAAUUCAGAAAAAUGGACACGAGCAUUAUAUCUAUGAAAGUAGAUCAUGACUUAUAGGUCUACAGUUCAAUACAAGAUGACCCCAAAAUUGUUCUGCAUUCUUCCAAUAAGUUCAUCAUCAAAGUAUGCUGAUUAUUGAUACUAAAACCAGCCAGUGCCUUUACACUUUCCGCCUGAUUAUCGUCUUUGUUUGUUUUCUCAAAAAAGGUUCAAUAAUACUGCUUUUGAAUUCUCCAAGCACUGCCUCUGCUGGAUAAUUUUUAUUGACUCAGACCUGUGCGAAGUGCCUAUAUGUGUUCUUUAUUGUUAUUGAUUGAAAUUGUAUUUAUGUAAUAUUUAUUCUCCUGUACAUACUGUUUUCUCAUGGAAUUGAGCGAAAAUGUAUUCUGAAUUCUAAAACUGUAAUUCGUUAACUAUAGAAAUUGUCUUUCACGCAUUUACUGAAGUGUUUUCUUUGUAACCUGUAUUAUUUUGUUUAUAGAACGAUGCUGCAUAAUCAUCAAAUAUAGCAAGUUCUGAAAAACCUUAUAAUCGCGUAAUUUAUUUUGUGACGAUACGAUGGUCAUGACAAUGAAAGGAGAGAAGGACAGAUAUUUAUCUUUCAAAGCUAGUCGUUAGUGUCAUGAUGAAGUUUCACCAUUGUUUUAUUUUUAGGCCGUGUGUUAUUUUUUCCCCUGUGAUAUCAAAACUAAGAUCAGUUAAUAGCAUGAAAGUAUCGACAUUGACAUGAUGUCAAUGCUAAAUGCGCUUGAUCAAUUUCAAGCGGUAUUUAAAAGUGAUUUCAAUCAUUACAUUUACAGUUGACAUGAAUCAUUUAAGUCAGGAAACCAAAUAAAUAUAUUAGGUACAAAUCUUGGAAGAAAAGUCAUGCAUUUCAAAGUGUCUAAUAAUUAAAUAUUUGUUCGCUAAUGUGUACGCUAAGUGAUUAGAAACAACAUCUUGUGGUGUUUUCCAUUUCUCUUUCGUGAGUAGUUCGACUUAGAGGUACACAAACCCUCUUCUUCCAGCGCACGUAGAGGGGGUAAUCAACAUCACACGAAGAGGUCCUGAGGAUUUUUACUUUACUCGGGAAAAGACUCAGAAGCGAUAAUAUCAUAAUAGGGAAAGUAUUAUAAUUACAGAUUAUUUGAUCUAGUGAGGGAUAAGACUACAAAGGGGCUGAACUCACUGUUUUAACUAAAUGCUUAAUUUUCUCAUUUUAGCGGUAAAUUUCUGUCCGUGUAAUCUCGUUGUGAGACGAGACGUUUAUUUUCUAAUCUUGACGAAAAGGUUUUUAAAACAAAAGAUAUAAGUUACAUUGUUAACACAAGUAAAUAGUUGUAAUUGACUUAAAUCAGGUAUUCCUGAUUAAUAAGAUUAGUGCAAAUUUUUUAUUUUUCUUCUGUACAUGUUCACAACCAAGUAACCUCGGGUAAGUUGAACGUGGAGAACAUGUUCUUUGCCUUCUUCGCCUGAGAAGAUUUCUAGGCGAGAUUUUUAAACUUCGUCAUUUUGUAAUUGUCCCCUUUUUAAUAACAUGAAUUCGUAUAUGUUUUUGUUACGUGUGAUGUGUUUGUAACGUUGUAUAUUGUUGAAUUAUAUGUCUAUGUACAUGUGUAAAGAAAAAUCAAUUUUUACUGUACCAAAAAUAAAACUUGAUAAAAAUUUGAUUACGUAA